UGGGAAAUGAGUUUAAUCAGAAUGGAUGAGAGGAUUAAGCUCAAGGCUAAAGCAUACUGCUAAUUCAUUUGGGCAAUGCAUUUACUUCAUCAUGACUGCAACAGAUCAGAAACCAACUUUAAUGGACAAGAAGAACACUCAAAAGGGGAUUCACAGAUGGAAUGCCACAAUCAAUGUCUCCCUUUUUGGUUCACUACCAACCUACUUCUUCAAUCAUUUCUUGGCUGCUUCUGGUCUGGAACUUUGCCUAUUCUGUUGCAUGUGGAUGAACUGAUACAAAGAGAGCAAAAAACUUUUUGAACCUUACGCUGCAGACAUGCUUAUAAGGUUUGAGGGAUGAUCCUUAUGUUUGAGUGACAUUGAGAAAGAUCAUUGCUUUGAAUAAUAAAAUUAUAAAGAUUUUAGAAGGUGAAUGAAAUUUAUUGCAUCGUGAAUUCUGGAAGAAGGUGGGCUCUUAAACGGAAUUGUUGUAAAUCAUUCAUCGGUUCUUCCCGAUUAUGAUCUCGUGUGACGUUCGAGCCCUCCGGAACACCAGCGUUGGUUCCGAGUCGCGCUCCUUGUGGUCGUCUGGCGGGAAGCGGCACCUUCUCCGGCUAUGCCGAGCAAACGCAGGAGGACCGACCAGUCGAGAGGCCACCCGCGUAACAAGUACUCAGAGAGAGCCCCCGAUUUCCGGCACUUGGCGUCGCUCUACCCUUCCUUCCGCUCUUUCGUCUUCUACUCCAACGGGAAGCCCAGGAUCGACUGGACCGACUUCAACGCCACCAGGGAGCUCACCAGAGUCCUCCUUGUCCACGACCACGGCAUCCAUUGGUGGAUUCCCGACGGCCAGCUUUGCCCGACGGUGCCCAACCGGUCGAAUUACAUACAUUGGAUCGAAGACUUGCUAUCGUCGGAGGUGAUUGUGAAGCCGGAUGCUGGAGAGAGGAUUAGGGGUUUCGAUAUCGGGACUGGAGCAAACUGUAUAUACCCGCUGAUCGGUGCGUCUCUCUAUGGGUGGAGCUUUGUUGGGUCAGAUUUUACAGAUGCUGCUCUUGAAUGGGCGAAAUGGAAUAUUGCGAACAAUCCCCACAUUACGGAACUGAUUGAGAUAAGAAAUGCACUGGAAUCAGGGGAGGGAUCUCAGUCGGCCAAUUUGUCACUGGUAAAGGAGGAGGCACAAAUUGGUAAUUCGGGUUCUGACGAAGUUGUUUUCUCAUCAGAAGGUAAUGUUGGUGAUCAUUUUAAUGAUGUGGUGGUGGGAAACAGAAAAACGGAGGUGAAUGUCAGUGUUGGACAAGGUGAAGAUGCAGCAUUGCCUUCUUCAUGUUCUUCGGAUCAGGCUUCGUCUGCUUCCGAUGUUAAAUACUAUGGCCCGCCUAUACUUGUUGGAGUUGUCAGGGAUGGUGAGAAAUUCGACUUUUGCAUGUGUAAUCCUCCAUUUUUUGAAAGCAUGGAGGGGGCAGGCGCCAAUCCAAGGACUUCAUGUGGUGGUACAUCGGAAGAGAUGGUUUGUCCUGGUGGAGAGCUGGCCUUCAUCUCUCGAAUCAUUGAAGACAGCAUCAAAUUAAAAGAUUCAUUUCGGUGGUUUACUUCGAUGGUUGGAAGAAAAGUAAACUUGAAAAUUCUGGUUUCAAAGCUUUGGAAGGUUGGGGUCUCUACAGUACAGACUACAGAGUUUGUUCAAGGCCAGACAUUUAGAUGGGGACUUGCAUGGUCGUUUGUUUCUCUGUCCAAUAGAAUACCAUCAUCAAAAUUGCCAGACAGGACUAGUCAGUCCUUCAUGCUUGAGGGUCUUCAGCGUCAACUAGGUGCUGUACAGGUUCUGCAAUCAGUGGAGGUUUUCUAUGGGGCAUGUGGUGCAUCUUCUAAAGCUAACUUGUCAUCCUUCUGUGUUGAUGUCACAGCCUCAAGUGAACAUUGCGAAGCACUUCUUGGUAAAAGCAAGGGCAGUGCUGAUAAUGUUGAAGCUAAUAAACUUGAUGGCUCAGGUAGUCCUUGCCAUUCAAUGGAGGGCCUCUCCUUUCGCAUUUCAGUGUUUGAGCAAAUUCCAGGAACACUGUUAGUUAGAGGCUCAUUAACGAGAAAAGGGAGUCCCCUGGCAGGCUCUUUCUCGCCCAUCUUCAUCAAGAUGGAAGAGUUUCUGAGAGAUAAGUUUUCAAUGAAAUGACUUGCUCCGUAUGCCGCCAAGAUGGUUCUUUCGCAGAUUCCAGCCCAACCAGCCUUUGCUAAUUUGGUCACAUAAUUUUGAAGAGUGUUGAGAACGCUGCGGUUGGGUAAUAUCACCUAAUUUUAGUUCUCUUUUUCCUGGCGACGGAUAAAGGUGCCAUUCGUAACCAUAGCUCGCGUUGAGUUUCCUUGUAUCCUGCGCUCGUAUAUUUGGGGAGGUAUUAAUUUCUUGCCUGCUCCUGUAAAUUAUUGUUUAUUUUAGCUUAACCAACGAGCUUCCAUGAGAAAUUGUAUUGUAAAAUUUCAAGAGCAGUUGACAGAUUUUACUAGUUAAAAGCUUACUAUGUGCUAUAUUAAAAAAUUAUGGUGCAUCGUACUCCGGUGAGGAUAUUGGAACAAUA